AUGUAAGAAAACUUAAUUCAAAUUGACUUUUCAUAAAUAGAAAGUUUAGAUCCCUGCAUAUAAGGUGGAUAUAAAAUAAUUUUUAAUCAAGAGAUCCCUUUUAUGAUUAAAUUUCCAGACUAAGAAGAUCAAAGUAUUGUUGAAACCAUCAAGGUCAGAAUAAUGAUUUUAGUAUGAAAAUUUUAAAUUAUCAAAAUAGGGAAAUGGAAAAGAUUUAUAACAAUUAACUUUAGAAUUAUCUAGCGAAAAUGAUUUAUUUUUCUAUUAUUUUCACACAGUCGAUAAAGACAAUUUUCAAGUUGUAAAAACUAAUUAAAAACUCAACACAGAUUUCUUUGGAUAUCCAGAUGUAUGUGUAAAAACAUUUAAAAGAUGUUAAUUGGAACAAUAACAGUAAAUAAAUUAAUUAUAUAUGGUAGUUUUGCACCUGUAUUAUACAUUUAAUAGAAUGCAAGAGCAUAAGUGAAUAUUGUUUAAACAUUGGAGUAUAAAGAAUUGACUUUAAUCACUUUCGAAAUGAUUGCAGGGGAUGAAGAAAUUAUUAAAUAGCAUGUCUACUAUAAACAUGGAGCAGUAAAAUCUAAGUUUUAAAUAUUAAAUGCAAAAAUAAAAGAUGUAAAUAUAUAUUUUGAUUCUCAGAUACAUGAAUUAGUCAAAGUAAAGAAUCCUUAAUUAUUGCUUCAUUUAUAAAAAUACCUUCCUAAUUGA